GCGUAACUCCAUGCACAAAUGCCCUCACAUCCCAUCGAUAGCCAACGCGUCAAACCUAAAAGAUAAAACCUGCAAGCUCUGUGCGUUCUACCACCUUGGUGGCCUUGCAAAGAAUCAGAGAGGCAAACGAGAAGUAUAUCUGAGGAAGAAGACAGUGGGACUUUGCCAUGAUGUCCACACUGUUUGCUGUGACACUGUCAACAGUUAUUAAUCUAAUAUCAGGUGUGAGCUUGGGGACUGUGGAGCCUGAGUCUCCUCCCACACCCUCCCCUGGUCCUCAUGCUCUGGGUGACUUGAUACAUGCAGCUCUACUGAGGAAGGAGUACCUAGGACAUGCCCCUAUGGAUACAGACACAACCACCAACCCCACUCAAGCAGUCCCUGCUAUUGGGCAGACUGAGCCUGCAUCCACAGUGAUGUCACCAGGGGUGCUCACUACAGCUUUGGGGUCGACCAGCCUGUCAGGAGCAAGGAGCAGCCUGCCAUUUACAGAGGAAGAGACUACUACCACUUUGAUCACCACAACAACCAUAACUACUGUGCACGUACCAGUUCAGUGCAAUGCCAGUCUCUCGGGCAUGGAAGGAAUUGUGGAGUCUCCAGAAUCCAUGUCACCAUUUUCCCCCCUAGAGUGCAUCUACAGCAUCACUGUAUAUCCAGGGUAUGGAGUGGAGUUGCAGGUGAAGAAGGUCAGCCUUUCAAAGAAGGAGUCACUGACCAUUUUUGGAUAUGGAGAAUUGGGACCUGAGGUUUUAGCCAAUGAAACGUUGAUCAAUGAGGGUCAAGUAAUUCGCAGCUCAACCAAUAAGGUGCAGAUUUACUACUGUAGCCUGCGGCAGACCAAUCAUGGCAUUUUCAGCCUCCAGUAUCAAGCAUUCCUCCUUUCAUGCACGUUCCCUCUCUCUCCUGGGGGAGGGGGUGUAACAGUAACAGACAUUCAUCCGGGAGGUCAGGCACACUUUCAUUGUGAUCCAGGGUUUCAGGUCAGGGGUCACGAGGUAGCCACCUGCCUCAACACGACACGUCCGCAUUGGAGUUUUCCUGAGCCACAGUGUGUGGCUGUGUCAUGUGGAGGGUGGAUUCGAAAUGCAACCAUGGGACGAAUUUUCUCGCCACCUCACCCAUCUGCAAAUAACCACAGUAACGGAAAUAAUCUGAGCUGCCACUGGUUACUAGAGGCCCGGGAAGGACAUAGACUUCAUCUCCACUUUGAAAGGGUUGCGCUGGAUGAAGAUGAUGAUAAGCUGAUUGUGCGCAGCGGCAACAGCUCUACAGCUCCUCUGCUCUUUGAUUCAGACCUGGAUGAUGUUCCAGAGCGAGGGAUUGUGAGUGAGGGCUCUAUGCUCUACCUGGAGCUCACAGCAGACUCCUCUGCCAUACCACUGCUUCUGGCUCUGCGCUAUGAAGCUUUUGACAGUGAACACUGUUAUGAGCCCUACUUGCCUCAUGGAAAUUUCAGUAGCAGUGACAUCACCUUUCAGCUGGGUACAACUGUAACCUUCUCCUGCUCUUCGGGAUUUGUCAUGGAACAGGGCUCUGGGAUCAUUGAGUGUGUUGACCCCAGUGACCCCCACUGGAAUGAGAGUGAGCCUGUGUGUAGAGCUCUAUGUGGGGGGGAGCUGACUGACCCCACAGGCACUGUCCUUUCUCCCGACUGGCCUCAGAGCUAUUCUAAAGGGCACGACUGUGUGUGGCAGAUCCAUGGAAGUGAGGAGAAGCGCAUUGAACUGGAUGUGCAGAUCUUAAAUAUUCGUCACAAGGAUGUCCUCACCAUUUUUGAUGGACAUGACCUCAUGUCCCAUGUGAUUGGUCAGUACCUGGGGUCCAAAGAGCGUUUCCAGGUUGUCUCAGGAGGCUCAGAAGUCACUAUUCAGUUCCAGAGUGACCCUGAUGAUUCCACAUUUAUUUUAAGUCAAGGAUUCCUUAUUCACUACCGUGAAGUUGAGCCCAACGACACCUGUCCCAUUCUCCCUCAAAUUGAAUUUGGAUGGAUUAGCUCCUCCCACACGUCUCCUGUCAGGGGCAGUGUGUUGACAUACCAGUGUCAGCCUGGGUAUGAUAUCAGUGGCUCUGACAUCAUCACUUGCCAAUGGGACCUUUCCUGGAGCAACAGUCCACCUACCUGUGUUAAAGUUCAGCAGUGUCCGGAUCCAGGGGAGGUUGUAAAUGGAGCCCGUUCUGUACGGCCGGAAGCUGGUUUUGCAGUAGGAACUGUGGUGCGCUUCUCCUGUAACCAAGGUUAUCAACUAGAGGGUCCUGGGCAGAUUACUUGCCAUGGGAGAGACACUGGCACUCCCAAAUGGAGCGACCGCAGUCCAAAAUGUGUCUUGAAGUAUGACCCAUGUCCAAACCCGGGCGUCCCUGACAAUGGUUACCAGACUUUGUACAAGCAUAGCUACCAGGCUGGAGAAACUCUACGGUUCUUCUGCUAUGAGGGCUAUGAACUGAUUGGGGAGGUCAUCAUCAACUGUGUUCCAGGCCACCCCUCUCAGUGGAAUAGCCCACCACCCUUCUGCAAAGUGGCAUAUGAGGAGCUACUGGAUGAUCAUAAAUUGGAAGUUUCCCAGUCAUUUGAGCCGUCCCACCAGAUCCUAAGUGAGAACAUAGCCUUGGCCAUUGUCCUGCCUAUUGUCCUAGUCAUUCUGCUGAUUGGAGGAAUUUAUAUGUAUUACACAAAUGUAUGUAGACUACAGUGGAAGCCUCUGUUCUGGAAGUCUCUCUCACACACACACUCAUACAGUCCAAUUACAGUGGAGUCUGAUUUCAACAACCCUCUAUAUGAGGCAGGGGAUACACGAGAAUAUGAAGUGUCUAUUUAAUAUGGAAAUGUAAAAAAGAAAAACUGGGAGACAUGGCUUCUUUUUAUCCCUUCAUCUCAAGCCUGCCCUCUCCAUGUCCUACCUGUUCUUUACAAGUGUAAAACUUUAACUGUGAAUCAUUUCCCUCCAUCCCUCCAAUCUCCCCAUCUCGCUUUGUAUUGAUGGUCUGAGCUUGCGUUUUAACAUUUAUGUACUUUACGGCUGUCCUUCAGUGUUGUGCUCAUAUUCACAUACCAACUUCGUCUCACAUUAGGACUGGUGCCUUACAACAAGUAAGAUGAGAGAGAGAGAGGCAGAGACAGAGAGAGGGAGACGGAAAGAAAAAGAAUGAAAAAGAAUGAAAAUUGCAUCAAAAGAGAGUUGAGGGUGAAUAACACAUUGUUAGAAUUGAUAUAAUUGUGUAUAGAGGCAAUUAGAAAUCUACAUAUAUACGGUUUACACAUUAUUCAGUUCUGGUACUUUAUGUACAUCUUUAGUGUGAUGAAGGUUAUACUGAAAUUAAAAAAAAUAAAAACGAGAGAGGAAUGCAGACACAUACACACUGCCAUCAUUUCACCACACGCACAACCCCAGACACAAUUGCGCACACACAAAACACCCAAAAAUAUUGAAUGUAAAUACUUGGUUAAAUAUUGAGGCUGACUAUAUAAAGUAUGUAGACUAUUCAGUGCCAAAAUGUAACAUUGCAUCAUGUAAUGUAUCUAAAUGUUUCUCUUGUUGCCAUAGUAUUUCCUUCAUGAAAUGUAAAUUAUGUGUAAAGCCAGCAAUACAGAUUGUUCUUUGCUGUUUCAAAUUGUAUUUUCACCUGUUUUUGACUGAUGUGAAGAAAAGGUGAAGGCCUGAAUGUCAUCGCGCUAUAGCACGCAAUGAUUGUAUAUUUUACUGCUUGUACUGAAUCAUGUUUUAUGAUUAUGGUAAGUGAAAAGUAUCAUUGUUAUUGAUGCAGGUUUGGUGUUGUACAUGCACUGUGUUGAUGAAAAUAGCUAUAUUGGCUGCUUGCUGUAAUGCAGUAUAAAAAUAAAAGCUUUUUAAUUUCUUACAGUUUAUUGUUUGAGCAGUGAACUUGCGAGUCCUAGGGACUGUUGAAUUGUACAUUUAUUCUGCUCUUAUUACUAUUUAUUAUAUAUACGGUAUAAUGUAGAAAAUGUAUUAUUUAUUUGAGAGAGAAAAUUAACAUAAAAUAAAGUAUUUGUUGAAUGGUU